UUCAUAGUGGGUGGGACCAGAAUAGGCAAAGCAUUCGCAAAAGCAGGGGAGGGCCUCAGCAAAACUCGCUGUUCCCUCAGGAAUUUCGGGGGACACGGAGUGCAGAAUCUGGGCCAAGGACACUGUCCGGGUCUUGAGGAGACGUGAAAAUUCCCGUAAGCCGCAAGUGCGGUGCUGCGCAUCCUGGGAGAGGCAGCGGCGCAGCGGCGGGAACCGCUGCCCGGCGGCCCUGGAACCUCCCAGGGUUCGUUGAUCUUCAGUGAUGUGGCUGUGGACUUGUCCCAGGAAAAGAGGGAAUACCUACACUCUGCUCCGCGGCUUUUUACAUAGAGACUUCAUGUCUUAUGCAGAAUUAAAGUAAAAUAAGAGCCCAGACGACGGGAUCAGAUACCUCGGGAUUGGAAUUGCAGAUGGUUGUGAGCCACAAUGACUCACUGAUGAAGUGGAACAAGGAGCCCUGGAUGGUAAAGAGAGAGAAGACAGUAGCAAUGAGUCCAGGAAGCUGCAUACUUACUUGCAUGGUGGCUACAGUGAGUUCAAAUUCCCACUGAUGGUACAAAAGUGCAAGAAAAGGAAACUCAGAAGGACAAUAGGGAGAAAUGGCUGGUUCUCCAGUAAAUACAUUCCAGGGUCUGUUGACAUUCAGCGAUGUGACUGUGGACUUCUCCCAGGAGGAGUGGGAAUGCCUAGACUCCACUCAGAGGGCUUUGUACAUUGGAGUAAUGUUAGAGAAUUAUAGUAACCUGGUGUCUGUGGGUAUUAUGUGCAAGGCAGACCUGGUCCCCUGUCUGGAGCAAAUCUAUAUACCCUGGAAUGUAAAGAGAGAGAAGAUGGUGGCUAAACCAGGCAGAGAGAACCAUCGAAUAUGCAGUGAAUAUGAGAAGGUCUUCCAUCAAGACUCAAAGAGUAUCAUCUAUGAGCAUGUGGAUAUGCUAUGGAAGUCCAGUAAAUGUAAUGAACUUGGCAAAAUGCUUCAUGAAUCCUCCGGAUGGAUACUUUGCAAAACAAUUAAUACUCCAGAAAUCUGCAACGCAUACAGAUUUGAUAACCACAGGAAUGCCUAUAUUGAAACAACAGACUUCAGUAGACAUAUAAGUGUGCACACUGGAGAAGAACCUUGCAAAUAUUUAAGUUUAUUUUCAAACAUAAGUCAGAGUCAUGGAAUCUACAUAGGAGAGAAAGAAUAUAAAGAAUGUGAUAAAACUUUUGGUUCCACCCCAAAACUUGUACAGCUAAGAAUCCAUAGUGGAGAAAAACCACAGAAGUGUAGGAAAUGUGGGACAGGAUUCAAGACCUGCUCAAGCCUCAGUACAUAUCAGAGAACUUAUACUGGAGAGAAACCAUGGAUAUGCACAGAAUGUGACAAGGCCUUUAGAUGGUUGUCAGAUCUUAAAACCCAUUACAGAAUCCAUCCUGGAAAAAAACCUUUCAAAUGUAAGGAUUGUGACAGAUCUUUUACCUUCUGCUCUUCUCUUAGAGAACAUCAGAACAUCCAUGAGGGAAAAUUUUAUAAAUGUUGGGAAUGUGACAAGUCCUUUACCCGGUGCUCAUCUCUUAGAGCACAUGAGAAAAUUCAUACUGGACAUAAACCUUUCAAAUGUAAGGAGUGUAAUAAGUCCUUUUAUAUGCUGUCCCAGCUUACAAAACAUGCCAGGACACAUACUGGAGAGAAACCAUACAAAUGUAAGGAAUGUCACAAAUCUUUUACCUACUCCUCAUCUCUUAGAGAACAUCAGAACAUGCAUGCUGGAAAACUAUAUAAAUGUCAGGAAUGUGACAAAUACUUUACCCGGUCCUCAUCUCUUAGAGCACAUGGGAAAAUUCAUACUGGAGAGAAACAUUUCAAAUGUAAGGAAUGUGUUAAGUCCUUUUAUAUGUUGUCGCAACUUAGAAAACAUGCCAGAACUCAUACUGGAGAGAAACCGUACAAAUGCAAAGAGUGUGAGAAAUCCUUUACACGGUGUUCAACCCUUAGGAUACAUCAGAAAAUUCAUGCUGGAGAGAAACCCUACAAAUGUAAAGAAUGUGGUAAGUGCUUUUAUAAGUUGUCAUACCUUAAAGUCCAUUACAGGACCCAUACUGGAGAGAAGCCUUACCAAUGUAAAGAAUGUGGUAAAGGCUUUUCCCAGUUGUCUUGUCUUAAAAGCCAUGAAAGAAUCCAUACUGGAGAGAAACCUUACAAAUGCAGUGAAUGUGACAAAUCCUUUACACACUGCUCAACGUGUAGGAGACACCAGAGCACUCAUGCUGCAAAGCUUUACAAAUGUGAGGAAUGUGACAAAUCCUUUGCCAAUCAGACAUUUCUCAGAACACAUCAGAAAGUCCAUGUGGGAGAGAAACCUCAUACUUGUAAAGAAUGUGGUAAGGCCUUCUAUCAAGUAUCACAUCUGAAAGUUCAUUACAGAAUCCAUACUGGAGAGAAACCUUACAAAUGUGAUGAAUGUGAGAAAUCGUUUACAAAAUGUUCAUCUCUCAGAACACAUCAGAAAAUUCAUGCUGGAGAGAAAUCUCAUGCUUGUAAAGAAUGUGGCAAGGCCUUCUAUCACUUAUCACAUCUUAACAUCCAUUACAGAAUUCAUACAGGAGAGAAACCUUAUAAAUGUAGUGAAUGUGACAAAUCCUUUACCACAUUGGCAAACCUUAAAAGACAUCACAAAAUUCAUACUGGGGAGAAACCUUUCCAUACUAAAUAAUGUGGUGUAUGCUUUUUCCAGAGUGCUGUCCUUAGGGACCACUGCAGGCUCCACCCCAGAGAAACAUGAAUAUGAGAAAUCUGGGAAGGCCUUUACAGAAUAUUUAAAUCUUAGAAAACAUCAAGUUUAUAGUGAGGAAAAAUUAUGAGAUGUUACACUAUUGGAAGCCUUUCAUAAAAACAUACUUGUUUAACCUCAAAAAAUUCAUAAUAAAGAUAAUAUGUGUUAAUCUAGAGGAUUUCAACAAGCCUUUAGUUAUUCCCUGAAAUGACAUACAGCAGAAAAUUCAUAUUAGAGAGAAAUCAUAUAUGUUUCCCAUUAUGCUAUAUUCAUGCCACACUGCACACUAGAAAAUUCUAGAGACCCCAAAGAAAUAACAUUGAAUUUCUCAAAGCCUUUCCCUACUAGACAUCUAGAAAUUUUACCUGAAGGAAAACCCAAGAAAGUGCUUUAAUAAUGACACUCUGUUUUUCACCUUCAAAAUAUUCAUUCUGGAGUGAAAACCUGUCAAUUGCAAGAUGGUGAGAACUUUGCAGUGAUAAUCUGUAGCUAUGACAACAUGUGUGCUCAUGCAUAGCUAGAAAAUCCCCAAGAA